AUGGCUGCGAGUGAUCACACUGCGAUGAGGCUGCUGCUGCUUUUAUCUCUUAUCACCACAGGUGCUAAUGGAGAAGAUGGUCUGAUAUUUGCCGGACGGGCUUAUGAUAUCACAUUUCCAUGUGACAGAGACGUCUGCUUUCAUAUAUGGCAGCUCAGCACGAGCCAAAGCAGUGAUUACGUUGCCAUAGUCAGUAAUGGAGAGAUCCAGACAGCUCCAUCAGAGGACGAGGACUCAAAGUGCACUCUGCAAAUCAAAGAUCUCACAGCGGAGGAUGUUGGACGUCAUCGCUGCCAACAAAGACCAGAAAUCUUCAUUUCUGACAACACCCCUGCGGCCAUGCCAGAGUUAAACCUCAUGCCCGGUACCACAGUGUCACUGCAGUGUGUUCUCCUGUCCUACAUGGAGGACGGACUCUGCAGCACAGCGCAGGUCAGCCUGAUGUGGGUGGACGAGUCCGGCACUGAGAUACAAGAGGACUCACAACAUCAGAUAAAACAGGCGUCUGCUUGUGCUACAACUUUGACUGUCACCAUCAAAACACCUGAAAACAAGAAGUUUAGGUGCCAGGCGACUGUGGGCGAAGAGGUCCAGCGUUCAGUGGAGCUGCGGGUUCGAGUCCAAGCUCGUAAAGGGAGGGGGAGAGGACUCCUCGUCGAGCUGGAACCUGAAAAUCGAGGUCGCAACCAGGAUGCGAUCGGCGCCGCUGUGGGGGUGGCGGGAUGUGUGGUUUUGGCGAUGGUUGCAUUGUUUGUUGUGAACAAAAGAAGAGCAGACAGCCAGCGGCUGGAUGAGACCUGUUACACGAUCAGCAAGAACGAUGUUGUGAAUACAGCGGAUGUGAUCUACGCUGACAUUAUUCUGCCUGCUGGCCAUGACAGAGUGUGGGUCCGUGAGUGCGAGGCCACUGAAUACGCCUGUGUCCGAUACUAACCUGCUGUCCAAAAUAGAAACUGUAGUGUUUUUUUUAAAUAUUUGUGCCCAAGUGCUUCUGCUGUGUGUUUAAAUGCUGUGAAUUGUGCCACAAAAAGUACUCUUUCUUUUUUUUAUUAAAGAUAUUAUGUUUCUUUAUUCUCUAUCAUGUAAUAACUAAAAUUAGAAUUAUUUGUUAUUUGUGAUGUUUCUUAUUGUUUUCUUUGCAACACUGUGUUCAAGUCUAAAGUAAUAAUUUAAAAAAUGAAAACCCGGCUAUUUUGCUGUAAUUAUUUAAUAGGCCAAACCCUUAUAGGGGAGACCGGGUUCGGUUGGCACACAGGUAUUUUCUGGUGCUUUGAAGGUGCCAGAAAUAAAAACAUCAAAAUGU